AUGCCUCUGUCAAGUCUCGUGCCUUCGAAGCGACGGCUGUUUGUAGUCGCUGCUUUUGCCACUGCGGUACCGCAGAUCGUCUUCUUUGCUGGUGUAGCACCAUAUUUUUGUGCGGACAAGGCGCCGCGCGGCUGGUCUGUGCUUGCCGUAGGGAUCUUUUUGGCUGUUUGCGCGUGGACAUGCUUCCUCGUGGCCGCCUUUACUGACCCGGGCUGGGUCCCUUACAGCGCUGAACACGAAAAAGAGCUGCUGUACCGGGAGGCCUCCACGGGUCUUCCAAUGAACAUUCGAGUUCGUGACAGGAAGACAGGAGAGGAGUUCUCCCUGAAGUACUGUGAAAACUGCCGGGUGUUCCGGCCACCACGAACCAAGCAUUGCUAUGUAUGCGAGCGCUGCUGUGUUCGCCUGGACCACCACUGCGUCUGGCUUGGCCAGUGCGUGGGGGCGCGCAACCACCCCUACUUUCUGGGGUAUCUCAUCUCAAUCCUGCUACUGCUCGUGUAUGGCGUUGUUGUUUGUUUCCUUGAGAUUGGCUUCGAAAGUGAACAGCUCGGCAGCGGCACCAGCGGUUUCAGGGCAGCGUUGGUGCAUCGCCCUUUUCCGGCUAUUUUGGCGCUUCUUGUUGGUGUCUACUGCCUAUUCGUUGGAGGUUUUAUAGCUGCACUGUAUCUGGUGCAGUUAUUCUUCGCAUGCACGGGCCGCACAACAGCCGAGGCUUGUGGGCGCGCGCCGAUCAAGCGGGGGUCGCGAAUAGGCAUCGCUGGCCUUGCGGAGGUUCUCUGUAUCGCUCCACAAGAUUCGAAGAAAAUCUGUGACAGGAAUGGGCGUAAUGGAGCUAAAUUCGUCUGGCAAUAUGAAUUUCUCGGACUGGAAUAUCACGAGCAAAUGAUAUCCAGCCUGAAGGAAGACAAGAGCAUUGUCUCAAACGCGGUCUACGAUGAGCGAUGGUCCGAAUUUGAGAAGCUGCGCCAUAUCCCGGUUAUAGUAUCGCAGUCGCCGGACCGGGGAACCGCUUCGGAUACAUCCGUAUCGCAGAAAUCACUAGCAGAGUGGCUGGAUCGAUAUGAAUUGAUGCUGCUGCGUCGCUGGAUCAUGGAAGGCAUGCCUGAGCGAUGUCCUCAAGAUACACCGGAAGGAGGCGAGCUGGAGGCGGCCUCCGAACGCAAGCAUCUCGAGCUUGUUCGUGCUUUCAUUCGCGGCGAGCGCGCCUCCGCCACCAUGAGCGAUCUGGAAGAUAUCCGACGAAUGCUGGUGUUAUGGCGUGAGCAAAUUUGCCAGAAGAGAAAUCUACCGGGCACUGUGCAGUCAGGCGCCGAGCUGGCGACCAUAACUGCAGCGACGGGCGCACGUGGGGACCCUGAAGCGUUGCCAGAAAUUGCGGCGACAAGUUUGCAUCAAUCGCGCGUAGUCUGCUCAAGCUUUCACGGUCGCGUGGAGAUCACGAACACAUGCGGUGCCUGA